CUUGAGCGCGCGGGAGACGCUACAGAAAAUAAAAAACGUGGAAUCCGCGACACAUUUUGUCGGCAGCCACCAAGCAACGGGUCCCUUCGGCAGUAGAAUAGCCAAUGUAAUUUGACACUUCAACUUACUGCGCUCUCUCUGAGUCUAUUCAGUUACUCACCCGCUGACGCUGAAGCCAUUCUCAGUGAGAGGGGGGACGGUAUUCGGGACCGACUAUUACCGAGGACUUUCUCCGCUUGCUUACCCGAGGCAGAAGACGUGAAUUCCUGGAGUGUUUCCCCUCCUGGCGUGUGAAUGGGUGGGGGGGUCCUUCGAGGUGGGAAAUCAAGGCUCGAAGACAAAACAGGACUCUCCGGUUUAAUGGCUGGCAGGUAGAGGCGAGAGAGAGACAAUCAACAUGAACUCGAUUCCUUCAAUGGACAGACACAUACAGCAGACCAAUGACCGUUUGCAGUGUAUCAAACAGCACUUACAAAACCCGGCAAACUUUCAAACGGCAGCAACAGAGCUGCUGGACUGGUGCGGGGAUCCUCGAGCGUUUCAGCGCCCGUUUGAGCAAAGCCUGAUGGGAUGCCUAACGGUGGUCAGUCGAGUAGCAGCACAGCAGGGCUUCGAUCUGGACCUUGGCUACCGGCUCCUGGCUGUUUGCGCUGCCAACAGGGACAAGUUCACUCCAAAAUCAGCAGCCCUCCUGUCCUCGUGGUGUGAGGAGCUGGGACGCCUCCUUCUGCUCCGUCACCAGAAGAACAGGCAGAACGAGCCUCCUGGAAAAGUGCCCAUGCAGCCUCCUAUGAGCUCCAUGAAGCCCGGCCUUUCACAUGGGGAUGGCUCAUUUCCCUACGACUCCGUUCCCUGGCAACAAAACACCAAUCAGCCUCCGGGAUCUGUGUCUGUGGUCACCACUGUCUGGGGUGUGACCAACACUUCACAGAGCCAGGUGUUAGGGAAUCCCAUGGCGAACAACAACAACCCCAUGAACCCUGGUGGUAACCCAAUGGGAUCGGGCAUGUCUGGGAACAACCCGGGUCUGAACUCUCCUCAGUUUCCUGGUCCUCAACAACAGUUUCCCAGCAAGGGCAACUCAAACCAGAGCUACAUGCAGCCAGGCAUGUAUGGACGACCCAGCUACCCUGGAGGGGGAGGAGGCUUCGGUGGCAAUUACCCUGGAGGGCCUAAUGCUGGACCCGGGGGCAUGGGGAUCCCUCCACACACUCGUCCUCCGUCAGAUUUUACCCAACCUGCCGCUGCUGCUGCAGCCGCUGCAGUUGCUGCUGCUGCUGCCACUGCAACUGCCACUGCAACAGCAACUGUUGCUGCGCUGCAGGAAACCCAGAACAAGGACAUGAACCAAUAUGGACCGAUGAGUUCGUCUUUCCAGAUGGGACCGAACCAACCAUACAACAGCCAGUUCAUGAACCAGCCAGGACCCCGCGGCCCUCCAUCCCUCCCUGGAAACAUGGGUGCAGGAAUGAAUCCAUCCAGCAUGAGCGGUCCCCCAAUGGGGAUGAACCAACCCAGGGGUCAAGCCAUGGGACCUUUUGGGGCCCAUGGCCAGAGAAUGCCCCAGCAGGGCUUUGCAGGACCUAGGCCCCAGGGCAUGCCCAUGCAGGGCAUGAAAAGGCCGUACCCGGGAGAGCCAAACUAUGGUGGGCAGCAGUAUGGACCAAACAACCAGUUCCCAAACCAGCAGGGGCAGUACCCCACUUCCAAUGCGUCCAGGGCGCUGGCGUCCCCCAACUAUGCUGGACAGAGGAUGCCAGGGCAGCAGAUACAGGGCCAGUACCCACCCGGCGGUCACAUGAGCCAGUACUAUAAGCAGGAGCCACCUUUCAACGGCCAAACUAAUAACUUCUCUGGAAGUGGAUAUCAAUACAACCAGGGAAAUAUCAAUGGGCCUCCAAGACCAGUGGGUAACUACCCCCACUCCCCAGUGCCAGGCAACCCCACCCCUCCAAUGACACCAGGAAGUAACAUCCCCUCAUACCUGUCGCCAAACCAAGAUGUAAAACCCCCCUUCCCCCCUGACAUCAAACCAAAUAUCACAGCUCUUCCUCCUCCUCCUCCAGCCAGCCACAACGAGGAGCUGCGCUUGACGUUCCCGGUUCGGGAUGGAGUGGUCUUAGAGCCCUUCAGGCUGGAGCAUAACUUGGCGGUCAGCAACCACGUCUUCCACUUACGGCCUUCGGUGCACCAAACACUCAUGUGGAGAUCGGACCUGGAGCUGCAGUUCAAGUGCUACCACCACGAGGACCGCCAAAUGAACACCAACUGGCCAGCAUCAGUCCAAGUCAGCGUCAAUGCCACACCACUCACAAUUGAGCGGGGCGACAACAAGACUUCCCACAAACCCUUGCACUUGAAACACGUCUGCCAACCGGGAAGGAACACAAUUCAGAUCACAGUCACUGCCUGCUGUUGUUCGCACUUGUUUGUGCUGCAGCUGGUCCACAGGCCCUCGGUGCGCUCCGUCCUGCAGGGCCUCCUGAAGAAGCGGCUACUUCCUGCAGAGCACUGUAUCACCAAAGUUAAGAGGAACUUCAGUAGCGUAGCAGCAUCGUCAGGCAGCGCCACGCUCAACGGAGAGGACGGCGUAGAACAGACGGCCAUCAAGGUUUCCCUCAAAUGUCCGAUCACCUUCAGACGAAUACAGCUGCCUGCAAGAGGUCACGACUGCAAGCACGUUCAGUGUUUUGAUUUGGAGUCAUAUUUACAACUGAACUGCGAGCGGGGAACAUGGCGAUGUCCUGUGUGCAAUAAAACAGCGUUACUAGAAGGACUUGAGGUGGACCAGUACAUGUGGGGAAUCCUGAACGCCAUUCAGAACUCUGAGUUUGAGGAGGUCACGAUCGACCCCACGUGUAGUUGGCGGCCGGUUGCUGUAAAAUCUGAAAUCCACAUCAAAGAAGAUCCGGACGGACCGCUGUCCAAGAGGUUUAAAACCAUGAGUCCCAGUCAGAUGAUCAUGCCCAAUGUGAUGGAGAUGAUCGCUCAGCUAGGCCCCGGGCCAUCGCCAUACCCGUCUAUGCCGUCAGGACAGGGAGGCAACAACAGUGAAUACAACAGCCAAGGCAACAGUUACCAAGGACACGGGAACUUUGACUUCCCCCACGGCGGCCCGGGUGGUACGUCAGUGACUGACUUCAUGCACGCCCCCCAGCUGUCCCACCCACCUGACAUGCCCAACAGCCUCAUGACACAAGACAAGCCGCUGUCCCACAACAUGCCCGACUCAAUACCUCAUUCUGCUGGCCCUGACCAGUCACACAACCCCCUGCAGCAGAGCUUACACGGCUCCACCCAGCAGCAGCAGCAGCUUCACCACAGCGGACCUCCUCAGCCAUCGCGGCAAGUUCUGCCCCCUCAACAACCACUGCAACAGCACCAGCCGGGCCCCACCAACCACCCCCACAACGAGCUCGCCUUCAACACCUCCAGCAACUUGGACACGCAGGCGGGGUCUGACAUGCCCGAGCCGUCGUUAGACCUACUUCCUGAGCUGGCAAACCCAGAUGAACUGUUGUCAUACCUGGAUCCCCCGGACCUCCCAAGCAAUAGCAACGACGACCUCCUAUCACUUUUUGAAAACAACUGAGGCGUUUCGGACACAUGAACUCUUCUGAACGCCCACAGCUUCCCUCAGACACAAUGGGGGUCACUCAGUACUUGAUAAACGCAAAGAUGCACUCCCUUUCUCUUCUUCCUCUUGUACAGCUUCCCUCCGUCAGCGCAGAUUGACUGAAAACAGUUUGAACUGAAAAGACUUACCCCCUCCGCCCUGCUGUGGCCCCUUUGACCGUGCAGCUAUAACCAUUUUCAUUUUUGUUCGGGUUUUCUUUUGACACCACACAGGAUUUUGUGCUCGUUAGAAACAUAUUGUAGCAUUUUAUAACCACCUUUUUUCCCUUUUGAAAAAAAAUUGAACCCACUGUAAAAAAUGGGAAAAAUAACAACCAAAAAAAAAAGCUGCGCUAUCUGGCCAGUGUUUAUGUUUUUUUUCACAACUCCCACUUUCUGAGUGAUCUGGUUAGAAGCACUGUUUUUGUCCGCCACACAUUAUUUAAGAGCACAAGAGAUUCUGGCAAUGCAAAGAAAACAAAACACGUCUUUUAAAGUUCAAUCUUUCCAAAAAAGGAACACAUUUUGUAGUUGUUUUUUUUUUCAUUUUUGGGCAAUUUUUUAGAGAUUUCCUUCCACUUUGUAAACAUCUGAACAUCUUUUAUUCUGUCAGAGGUUGACUGUUGAUACAGGAUAGAUUUUUAGCCCCAGUACAAAAAAAAAUAGAAUUUAUAUGCAUAUCUGUUCCUUCAACAAUGGUUUUAUUUUUGUUCUUAAAUGGAAAAACACAGAUUGCUUCCCUCAACAUGUCCUUCCGGCUGUCCUGCUGAGCAUGAACCCUGACAUCAGCUUGUUUGCAUCUCUUCCCUGUUCAAACAAUGUUUUUGUUGUCUUCUGAAAGUGCAUGUAUGCCAAGCCCGUGUCUAGUGCUGUUCUAAGUCGUGAAAACAACAACAAAAGAAGUGUGGUUUUGAUCAGUUUCCACAGGUUUAUGAUUUCUGCCAUAUUUAAGUUGACACUGCAAUCGAAAGGAUAUGCUUCACUUCAGCAGUGCAGGAAUCAUGCAUCUGCUGACAUUUUUUUUUUCGUUUUACUUGUUGCUGCAUUAUGAAAUUUUCCCAUAAUUCCUUUGAGGAGUGGCUCUAAAUCACCAAAGCUGUAGAGGGUUCGCAGGUGUUACUUUUCACGUGGGAGGCUAACUUUUCAGUCAUUGCGGGAGGUGAUGGUGGCACACGGUUGAUCCAUCACUGCUGUUUAAGAAAUCUUUUUCAAAGCAGUAUUGACGUUUGUUUAUUUGCCACGCCUGUUUUUAAUUUGACCUUUUUUUGUUUUUGUUCUUUUCGAGAUCUGUGCUGUUCAGUAUGCAAAUGUAUUAUUUUUUAAGAAAUGCUAUUGUAAUGUAAAUAUCUUUGUGAAUAUUUUUGUAUCAUCUCGAUAAAUGUUUGUGCUUUUAUCAUUAGUCGUCCGAGCUCACCCGAAACGCUCCCUGAAUUCACCCUGAGGAAGUGAUUUCAAGUGAUUUAUUUCCUGUUAUGUGUGUCUGUGUCACUCUCACACCUGUCCUUGCAUCACUGCAGUCCUCAGAUAUUAAGCAAUAUUUUUCUCCCCGUCAUGUUUUAAUGUGGAUCCGCUGAUUUUAAGUGACCUCCACUGUUGAGCAUAUGUGUGAAUAUCCUACUUUUUUGCUAAUUGUGGUAUUUUAAAAAAAUAUAUCACAACCAUAUUUUAAAGAAAUUCCUGAUAUUGUUUAUAUUUUUGUUAUAGAAAAUGUGGCUUUUUAAAAAAAAAAAAAAAGCAUGAGACCAUAUACAUUUUUAUCCCUUCCCCUCUUUUUUUCCUUUAAUAAAUUAUUUUUUACUCUUUUUGUUAUGAAUCUGUAAGGCUAGAAAUCCAAUUUCUUUCAUCUGUGGCAUUUUGCUGAAUCAACCACCUUAACUUUAAGUUAAUAGUUCCAGCAUGUGUGAACAUGUUUCACAUCUUGCUCACAUCGAAGCUUCAAAUCACUCAAAAAAAGUUUCAUUUUUUAAACCUUUAAUCCCUUCAGUCUUUUCCAGGCUUGUUCUAACCUGCAAGCGAGGCUAAUUCGGUUUCACUGUUGCACCCAAAACUGUACUUCCAACUGCCAAUUUUCUAGGAGAAAAAAUAAAAGAAACCUAAAGUCAAAAAAAGGAAAGGGCACGGUCAUCAUUCUGGCCUGGAGAGGUGGAAAGGGUGGCAGGGCUAGUCGAACUUCCCAAGGAUGGCUGUAAAUAUGUAAAUGAACAUGUGAACAGAAAUGUAUUCAUUUUCCUGGGAAUGUGCAUUGUUUCUUGAGAAUAAUAAUAAUAAAAAAAAGCUUGUAACCCCUCUCCUGGAUGUGGCUGAACACGGAAAAUGAAACAUGUUAGUUAGUGUCUGUGGGUGUCUCUCUCUCAGCAUUAUCUUCCACCAUCUGUAAUAUAAUUUCACCUUUUUUAUUUUCUUUUUUUUUUCUUUUCUUAGAGAAACUGGGAAAAUUAUGUUUUACUAAUUAGCAAAAAUGUUCUCUUCACACCGGCAUACUUGAAGCACUAAACCCUCAAAAGAAAAAAAAUGAUAAACUGGUUACAAAAAUAAAUAAAAACACUCUGAAGUGAUGAGGAUUGCUGGUGGAAAGGACAGGUCCUGAAGAUUGUAACCAAAUCUCAAGUUUGUACAAUUUUUUGAUAUCAUGAACAGCAGAAAAAAAAGGUAAAGUAAGGUGGUUCAUGCAAUUGUGGCUAUUGUCUCUAUGUUUGUACAUUGUAUGUACAACCAUUUCACACUCAAAACUGGUCAGAAAAUAAAGAAACUAAUUGUGAUUUUUAGUCUUGCAGAACUGUAUGUAGUUAGAUGAUGUGACAACCUAAUAUUUAUCUAAUAAAUAUGUAUUCAGAUGAUACCUGCAUUUCA